AAAGGGGCGUGGAGAGGCCGGCGCAGCUCCGGGCCGGGUGGGUGGGGACAGCGACUUGGGUCGCGCUUAGGUGCCGGCCUCCCGGGAACCCCUUCGUCCAGUUCCGGAAAUCUCCAAGAGGAUCGGGUCGGCUUUCAUCAUGGGGGAAAUAGAGCAGAAGCCGACCCCAGGCGCCCGCCUGGGCGCCCCCGAGAACUCGGGGAUCAGCACUUUGGAAGCCGGGCAGAAGCCGCCUCCCGCGCCUUCCGGGAAGCUGAUGUCUAUCAAGAUCCAGAUGCUGGAUGACACCCAGGAGGCCUUCGAAGUGCCACAAAGAGCCCCCGGGAAGGUGCUGCUGGAUGCCGUGUGCGGACACCUCAACCUCGUAGAGGGCGACUACUUCGGCCUCGAGUUUCCUGACCACAAAAAGACCACGGUGUGGCUGGACCUCCUGAAGCCCAUCGUCAAGCAGAUCCGAAGGCCGAAGCACGUGGUUGUUAAGUUUGUGGUGAAAUUCUUUCCACCUGACCACACACAGCUCCAAGAAGAACUCACCAGGUACCUGUUUGCUCUGCAGGUGAAGCAGGACCUGGCCCAAGGCCGGCUGACCUGCAGCGACACCAGCGCGGCCCUCCUCAUCUCACACAUCGUGCAGUCUGAGAUUGGGGAUUUUGAUGAAGCAUCUGACAGAGAACACUUAGCAAAAAAUAAGUACAUACCUCAGCAGGAUGCACUGGAAGAUAAAAUCGUGGAGUUUCACCAUAACCACAUUGGACAGACCCCGGCGGAGUCGGAUUUCCAGCUCCUGGAGAUUGCCCGCCGGCUGGAGCUCUACGGGAUCCGCCUGCACCCGGCCAAGGACCGGGAAGGGACCAAGAUCAACCUGGCCGUGGCCAAUACCGGCAUCCUCGUGUUUCAGGGUUUCACCAAGAUCAAUGCUUUCAACUGGGCCAAGGUACGGAAGCUGAGCUUUAAGAGAAAACGCUUUCUCAUCAAACUCCGCCCGGACGCCAAUAGCUCCUACCAGGACACGUUGGAGUUCCUCAUGGCCAGCCGCGACUUCUGCAAGUCCUUCUGGAAGAUCUGUGUGGAGCACCACGCCUUCUUCCGGCUGUUUGAGGAGCCCCGGCCCAAGCCCAAACCCGUGCUCUUCAGCCGGGGAUCCUCAUUCCGCUUCAGCGGCCGGACUCAGAAGCAGGUUCUGGACUUCGUCAAAGAAGGAGGCCACAAGAAAGUGCAGUUUGAGAGGAAACACAGUAAGAUCCAGUCCAUCCGCAGCCUGGCUCCGCAGCCCAUAGAAGCCAACUCCGAAGUGCCGAAACAAGCCCCGGCGCCCAGCGGCAGCCCGAGCCCCCGCGGCGACAGCGAGUGCCCGCAGAAGCCAAGCGGCCCGCCCGGGAAGGAGCUGCUGGUGCCCCCAGCCGAGCGCGGCUCCCCCCGCAGCCCCGCCGCCCUGGACAGGAGCCCGGGGGCCGCUCCAAAGGCCGAGGGGGGCAGCCGGGCAGAGGAGGAGGCCGUGCAGGACCGGACCCCGCCGAGCACAGGCGCCCUGACCGGUAGCCCUCACCUUUCAGAGCGCUCCGGCAGCUCACAGGGAGGAGCCGCGCCCGCCAACGCCAUCCUGUCCCCCAACCUGAGCCCCGACGCCAAGCAGGCGUCCCCCUUGGUCAGCCCGCUGCCCAACGACCAGGCGUGCCCUCGGACAGACGACGAGGAGGACGGCCGCAGGAAGAGGCUCCCCACGGACAAAGCGUACUUCAUGGCGAAGGAGGUGUCCACCACGGAGAGGACCUACCUGAAGGACCUUGAAGUCAUCACUUCGUGGUUCCAGAGCACCGUGGCCAAAGAGGACUCCGUGCCCGAGACGCUGAAGACGCUCAUCUUCCCCAACUUCGAACCUUUGCACAAAUUCCACACCAACUUCCUCAAGGAAAUUGAGCAACGACUCGCCCUGUGGGAAGGACGCUCCAACGCACACAUCCGAGGUGAUUACCAAAGAAUUGGAGACGUCCUGCUGAAGAACAUUCAGGGCAUGAAGCAACUGGCAGCUCACCUCUGGCAGCACAGCGAGGCGCUGGAGGCACUGGAGACCAACAUCAAGAGCUCCAGGCGGCUGGAGAACCUGUGCAGGGACUUCGAGCUGCAGAAGGUGUGCUACCUGCCACUCAACACCUUCCUGCUGCGCCCACUGCACCGCCUCAUGCACUACAAGCAGGUACUGGAGCGCCUCUGCAAGCACCACCCGCCCAGCCACCCGGACUUCCGGGACUGCCGAGCGGCCUUGGCAGAGAUCACAGAGAUGGUGGCCCAGCUGCACGGUACCAUGAUCAAGAUGGAAAACUUCCAGAAGCUGCAUGAGCUCAAGAAGGAUUUGAUCGGCAUUGACAAUCUCGUGGUCCCAGGAAGGGAGUUUAUUCGCCUGGGAAGCCUCAGCAAGCUCUCGGGGAAGGGCCUGCAGCAGCGAAUGUUCUUCCUGUUCAACGACGUUCUACUGUACACGAGCAGGGGCCUGACGGCCUGGAACCAGUUUAAGGUGCACGGGCAGCUCCCGCUCUAUGGCAUGACGCUGGAGGAGAGCGAGGAGGAAUGGGGCGUCCCACACUGCCUGACCCUGAGGGGCCAGCGGCAGUCCAUCAUCGUGGCGGCCAGCUCUCGGUCGGAGAUGGAAAAGUGGGUGGAGGACAUACAGAUGGCCAUCGACCUGGCGGAGAAGAGCAGUGGCCCUACGCCCGAGUUCGUGGCCAGCAGCCCCCCUGACAACAAGUCCCCCGACGAGGCCACAGCGGCCGACCAGGAGUCGGAGGACGACCUGAGCGCCUCGCGCACCUCGCUGGAGCGCCAGGCCCCCCACCGCGGGAACACCAUGGUGCACGUGUGCUGGCACCGCAACACCAGCGUGUCCAUGGUGGACUUCAGCGUGGCCGUGGAGAAUCAGUUGUCAGGGAACCUGCUGAGGAAGUUCAAGAACAGCAACGGGUGGCAGAGGCUGUGGGUGGUCUUCACCAACUUCUGCCUCUUCUUCUACAAGUCACACCAGGACAAUCAUCCGCUGGCCAGCCUGCCUCUGCUGGGCUACUCGCUCACGAUCCCUGCCGAGUCGGAGGAGAUCCACAAGGAGCACGUGUUCAAGCUGCAUUUCAAGUCCCACGUGUACUACUUCAGGGCCGAGAGCGAGUACACGUUCGAGAGGUGGAUGGAGGUGAUCCGAAGUGCCACCUGCUCGGCCUCCCGCGCGCUGGCUCACAGGGAGUCCCACGGGUACUGACGGUGCCCAGGCCGGGGGCCGAGCCGGCCACAGUCCCCCGCAGAUGGACACUCCUUCCUGUGUGCCCCUGGACAGCCGAGGCUGGGCCCCACGGAACCGUUUUCUAACUCGUCUUUUCAGCCGUUUCUCCUCCAAACAGUGGCCUCCUCUGGUGGUCCGGCCUGGGGCCCCCUGGGGCCCCCGGGGUGUGGGCGAGUGUGGGGUGUCGCGUGUGCCAGUAUUAACCCCGUCAUUCCCAGAGUGCCAAAUUCCCGCAGGCCGGGCGCACCCCUCCCCCACACAGGGCAAACACUCUUCUUUUUCUUAAAAGGAACUCCCACCCUACCCCACCCCCGUUGGGCUGCUGCAUUUUAAAAAAAAGGAAAAAAAACAC